GUCAGCAGUGCAGUAUAUUCAUUCCGCCAGCAGGGGCGACACUGUGCAGAGCUGCAGUCCCUGGAUCCGAGCGGGUUCGACUGGAAACAGGGCAGUAUAUCAGUAAUCCACUGGCUUGGUCUACAGAAAAAUGCGGAAAAUAACGAUGGGGACUUGGAGUGUCUGGUGUGUGUUGCUGAUCAGCUCACUUCUUCCCUCCUGCUCCGCCCAAAAUGACGUCUACACGUCUAUCGGCCAAAUGACAGAUCUGCUGUUCAUAGAGAAGGACCUGGUGACGUCUCUGAAGGACUAUAUCAGAGCUGAAGAACGCAAGCUGGAGCAGGUCAAACUCUGGGCUGAGAAACUGGAGACAUUAACAGCCACCGCCACACACGACCCUGAGGGUUUCCUCGGUCACCCAGUCAAUGCCUUCAAACUGAUGAAAAGGCUGAACACAGAGUGGAGUGAAAUAGAAGACCUGGUGCUUAAAGACAUGUCUGAUGGGUUUGUUUCCAACCUAACAAUCCAGCGGCAAUACUUUCCUAAUGACGAGGAUCAGACGGGAGCAGCCAAAGCUCUGCUCCGGCUUCAGGACACCUAUAAACUGGAAACACAUGCUAUUUCCACUGGAGAUCUUCCUGGCUUGCCUGCAGAUGUGCCAUAUAAGAGCACUCUGACCGUGGAGGACUGUUUUGAAUUGGGGAAGAUUGCAUACUCCGAAGCAGAUUACUAUCAUACAGAGCUGUGGAUGGCACAGGCUCUGAGACAGCUGGAUGAGGGUGAGGUGUCGAGCAUUGAUGCUGUGACUGUCCUGGACUACCUGAGCUACUCUGUAUACCAGCAGGGUGAGCUAGAGAAAGCCCUGGAGUAUACCAAAAGACUAUUGUCACUCGAUGCAGCUCAUCAGAGAGCCAAUGGCAAUCUGAAGUACUUUGACUACCAGCUGGCAAAGCAGAGAAAAGCAGAGAUGGAGCAGACUGGAACAGACGAGGAGAAAAAGGAGCGAGAGAAAAGAGAAGUGGACAAGGAGAAGGGCUUUUUUACAGAAAGGGGGAAAUACGAGCAGCUGUGCAGAGGUGAAGGAAUCAGGCUGACCCCACGCAAACAGAGUCGACUGUUUUGCCGUUUCUACGACAACAACAGGCACCCGUACUAUGUGCUGGGCCCUGUGAAACAGGAGGAUGAGUGGGACCGGCCCCGCAUUGUACGCUUCCACAACAUCAUCAGUGAAAGAGAGAUGGAAAAAAUAAAGGAACUAGCUAAGCCCAGGCUGCGCCGAGCCACCAUUUCCAACCCUGUCACUGGUAUACUGGAGACCGCCAGCUAUCGUGUCAGCAAGAGGCGUGCCACUGUGCAUGACCCCCAAACAGGGCAACUCACCACAGCCCAAUACAGAGUCUCCAAGAGUGCCUGGUUAGCAGCAUAUGAGCACCCAGUGGUGGACCGCAUUAAUCAGAGAAUUGAGGACAUUACAGGUUUGGAUGUCAAAACUGCAGAAGAACUACAGGUGGCUAAUUAUGGUGUCGGAGGUCAGUAUGAGCCACACUUUGACUUCGGACGGAAAGACGAGCCAGACGCCUUUAAGGAGCUCGGCACAGGGAACCGCAUUGCCACCUGGCUCUUCUAUAUGAGUGAUGUGGCAGCAGGUGGUGCCACAGUCUUUCCAGAUGUCGGAGCAGCUGUAAAGCCAAUGAAGGGUACAGCAGUGUUCUGGUAUAACCUCUUCCCAAGUGGAGAGGGAGACUACAAAACAAGGCAUGCUGCAUGCCCAGUACUUAUGGGCAAUAAGUGGGUCUCAAACAAGUGGAUCCAUGAAAGAGGUCAGGAGUUCAGAAGGCCCUGCCAUAAGUCCGACUGAUGAUAACCUUCCUCAUCCCGUCGUCCAUCUCACGUGUGUCAGAUGAGACCUAAGAGAUUACACCCCCAUCCCCUUCCACGUUGGCCUUUAACAGUCAUCUGCCAUAUUUUAGUUUUUAUUUUAAUGUGCGUGUGUCUGCCAGCAAAUUGAUGCCAUUGGUGCCUUUUAUCAUCAGCUCAGAAUAGCAGCAGAGAAGAAAGCUGUCCCUCAUGACACUCCAACGUUCCAGGUCUUAAUAUAGCUACGGGGUACUGUAGGGUAAAUCUCAAACUUUUAUACACGGUACCAGAUUGAACCGAACUUACAAAUGAAAAGACAAGACGUUUCAAACGUAAACCUCCUUCAUCAAAGCAUUUCUUGCACAAAAACUCUACACUCCAAAUUGUAUCUAUUUCUGUGGAUAGAUGUGGGAUGUAGUAGAGCAGGUAGUGUGUGAGAUUCCAGUGGAGUACUUUGCAAUAUCUUCUUCUCACUUUGUGUGUCCAUGUGUAAAGAUUAGAAUUAUUGCACUGAUUAUCCUGUAGGAAAGUGGACUGGAACUAAGGCUUAUAAGUCUGAAUACAGGGCUUUAUACUCUUCUUUUUUUUUAAUGUCCAUCAUACCCUUCUUUUCCUCCCUCUCUCUCCACCACUCUUAAGCCCUCACACACACAUCCACCCACCCCCUGUCCCAUCUGAUGCCAGGAACACUGUACAAGGCUUCACUUGCACUGAGGUCAUUCACAUCAGGGCAAACAAAAUGACAUGUUUUAAACCAAAGGUACACAGUGUGUUUAAGGUUUCUCUUCCCUCAAGAAUGAAAGAACAAUACAUGCCCAAGAAUUCAAGAUAUCCAUCUGCGGUCUUUUCUCUCUUUUCGUUUGAGACUGUAACACUCUGUAACAUGACUCCAUUUGUCUCUCUCUCUCCUGUUAUCCGAUCAGGAAAUAAAAGCCUCUAUUUAUAUCA